AUGGCGGAAUCUACUCUUUUCACUGUGAGGCCAUUGUCUACUUCAACUUCACUGGAUGGCGCCUUCCGAGUGCACCUCACAGCAAAAGACCUGGAUCUACUUGGACUGAAGCUGGGCGAACUUUGUACUCUUCGUUCUGGCGAUGGCUCAUCUGCCGUUGGUAUCGCUUGGAGAUCCAUGGACUCGAGUGUCAAGCCUCAGCUUCACCCUGUCAAAUUGUCACAAGCCAUGCUCGAUGCUUUUGGCUUCAAACUUGGCAGCCAAAUUACCAUUGAANAAAUCAACGCAAAAAUCGCUCAUGCCGAUCGGGUUGUUGUCAUCGAUGUUUCCGAUACCGAGAAAAUCGAUCUUACCAAGGACGACAGAAGCUGGAAAUGGCGUUGUGGUAUGGCUCUGGGUAACGUCGAAGCAAUCACGACUGGGGUGGCUUUCGAGGCCUCAUCUCGUAAAGGAUUGAGGAAACGCUUCUUGAUUGAGCAUAUCGAAUCGAGCGAAACGACCAAAACACCAGCCUUGUAUCUGUUCGAUGACAGAAGUCAGAUCGUCCUCCAAGAUGAAGCAUCUGCUGUAACACCUGAGGCACCUCUGCCCCGUUCGAUGGCAGUGACACCAGAGGGAAUCGGUGCUGGAACGUCUAGCAAGAACCAACUUUCCGUACGCAACCUUUUCGCCGAAGCAGUGGCUCAUCAACCUAGUCUGGUCAUUAUGGACAACCUCGAAGCAAUUGCCGGUACACAACAACGUGAUUACACUGCAAGCAACCUCGCACCCGCUUUGGUCGCCGAGCUUGACAGACUACGAAACACACACGUCUUGGUCGUGGCUGCAGCGCACAACCCUAACGAUGUUGACAAAUCCUUGCGUACGCCUGGACGCCUUCGCUACGAGAUCGAGAUACCAAUCCCUGAUAUGAGAGCAAGAAUUCAGAUCCUCAAGGUUAUGCAAGGAGAGACUGGUACUGCUGAGCUCGCCGAGACUAUUGGAGAGCGUACGCAUGGUUUUGUUGGACAGGAUCUUGAAGCCCUCUUCAACAACGCCCUCGAGCAUGCUCUUGACAGAUAUCAGGAGACAACCACGAACUGGCUUCCUAUUCAGCGUACUGGCGAUGAUGAUGACUCGCAACGAACUUUGGUCAAUGGCAUGCAAAACUGCAGUAUCCUCGACAGACCCCGCACGUCCGAUACUGACGACACAGACGAUGGUGAUCUUCAGGUAACACUUGCCGAUUACGAGAAAGCCUUGCUGGAAGUCCGUCCGACAGCCAUGCGUGAGAUCUUCCUUGAAACACCCAAGGUACUGUGGUCAGACAUUGGAGGUUCAGGUGAUGUCAAGAAGACACUGAACGAGGUCGUGGAAUGGCCUCUCAAGUUCGAGCACCAUAUGCAGGCCUUGAGCUUGACGCCCCAGAAGGGUAUUCUGUUUUACGGACCUCCUGGAUGUUCCAAGACCCUGACAGCUAAAGCUGUUGCAACUGAGUCUGGUCUCAACUUCAUUGCUGUGAAGGGCGCUGAACUCACUUCGAUGUACGUUGGCGAGUCUGAACGUUCAGUCCGCGAAGUGUUCCGUAAAGCUCGCGCCGCUGCUCCUAGCAUCAUCUUCUUCGAUGAGAUUGACUCCAUUGGCUCAGAGCGCGACUCAUCUGGUACCAAAGGCUUGAAUGUGCUUACCACCCUGCUCAACGAGAUGGAUGGUAUCGAGAGUCUCAAGGGUGUGCUUGUCUUAGCUGCUACCAACAAGCCCGAAGUGUUGGAUCCCGCUCUGCUCCGCCCUGGUCGCUUCGACAGUCUUAUCUACAUCUCGCCACCAUCGCAAUCAGCCCGUAAGGAGAUCUUGCGCAUUCGCACCAACAAUGUACCCCUAGCCGAGGACGUGGACAUUGACGAUUUGGCUGUUCGUACAGAUGGAUUUUCAGGAGCUGAAAUUGUCGAGAUUUGCUUGAAUGCCUCUCGUGCUGCCAUGCGUAGAAGAGUCGCGAUCGUCACGUCGAAUGACAAUGCCUCAGAUACCGAAGAGCAGAUGAAGGUCUCAAAGGAUGACUUUGACAUUGCGCUGUCGACUGCUGUACGCAGAAUUACUCCAGAGAUGACUGAAGGUUACGAACACUGGCGUGAUGGACUCACCAAGAAGCUGUAA